AUGCUCAGUCGCUCCGCCCUCCGGGGCCUUGUCAAUUUCGAGCGCUCGGCAACUCGACAAUUCCUCGUCUCAUCUCCAUACACACCGCGAGCAUGUCUGCGUCAAGCAUCAACCAGCGGUCCUCAAAAAUUCCACGCCACGCCUCCUGAAAUCCCACCAGCUGCUCCUUCACAAAAACUGUCACCAUCGCCAUCAUCAUCAUCAUCAUCCUCCUCAUCAGCCACGCCAAUCCCCCCAUCCAACACACCCUCAACACAACAAGAACAACCACUCUCCGAACCAGAAACCCUCUCAAACGGCGUCCCACGCAGCAAACUCCCCCUCCCGCCAAUAUUCACAUCUCCACUUCAAAUCUCCAAAUCCCUCGCCGAAAAGCUGCCGUAUUUGUACAGCCAACGACCGCACUAUAUAUCUGCACAUCUGCACGAUCGGCCAUAUCUCCUGACCGAGGGCGAUCACUUGCGUCUCCCGUUUCUGAUGCCCAAGGUCAAGUCCGGCGAUAUUCUGCGGUUCAAUCGGGCGUCGAUUAUUGGGUCGAGGGAGUAUACGCUCAAGGGCACGCCGUAUGUAGAUGAGCGUAUGUUUGAGUGUCGGGUAAGGGUGUUGGGCGUCGAGUCGGAGCCGCUUAGGAUUAAGGAGAAGACGAAGAGGAGACAGAGGCACGUGCAGCGGGUUAAGAGUAAGCAUCGGUAUACGAUCAUGCGCGUGAUGGAAGUCAAGGUCAAGUCGUUGGAGGAGUUGUUGGAGGAGGGAGCGGAGAUAGUGGAG